CAGGCAAACAAUUUCCGCCCGUGUCCAUGCACCCGGGGGACUCUUCCACCUUUCCACGGAUGAGAACCAGCAUCGCGACACGCUGUUCCUUGGUCACGCAAAAGCAGUUGGGCGGUGGGUCUUGGCGUUGCAGCGCCAGACGACGCGUGAACCUUCGCUCUUUCCCAUCUCCUGCUCCUACCGCCCUCGAGCGGCCACAUACAUCGCAUCUGCCCAGGACACGGAGCCGACGCACGACACACUGCAGCACUUCGCGAACCGCUGCGGACCACGGCAUGUCGCCUGUGCCACUGUAGACACUCGCUGCGCGUUCGACGACGAUCAACAAAGCAACACCUCUGCGCGGCGCGUCCACCGUGCACCUGUUCCUCCUCCGUCAUCCGAUCGAUUUGGUCCCUUGACAAUACUGGACCGAGCCUGCUGUGGAACUGUGCGCGCACCGCGACAGUCGUCUCGCCAGCCACCGCGGCCUCUGCCACGAGACUCCGCCCACUGCUCGGUUCUUGCGCGUGCUCUCGACCAUGCCGCCUUCUGGACGCAAGGGCAAGACCCGUGCGCGUAAAGCGCCUGCGGCCGCUGAGACUCAGGAGCCUUCAGACAUCGAUGCCGUCGAGGUGCAGGCCACGCCCACGCGUGGCUCAAAGAAGCGAACACGAGGAAGCGAGGCAGCUGCUCCAGCCUCGCGCAACACCCGUCGUAAAAUCAAGGACACUCGCACUACCGAGCGCGAUGAUACAGAGGGGACGGAGCAACAAGAAGCCAGCGACAAUGAGACGGAGCCAUCCACACCGACGGAGCAGGAAAUCAUCCAGAGUCUGAGAGUAUCAGACAAGCAGGUCAUGGCCGUCGAAGACUAUGCAAAUGAUCUCUUAGAGGGUCAAGAGAACGUGCCGGGCUACGGCAAAAUUGCCGGCAGGGACUGGGUCUUCAUCAUCAGGAAGCUGGAGAUCAACAUUGGAAGACCUGAAGCGCAUGAACGCCUUACCGCUCCCGCUGCCUCGACCGACAGCCAGCCGACCACACCGACUGCAAGGACCAUCGUGGACAUUGAUCUCGGACCUGACAGGCAAAUUUCUCGACUACAUGCCGUCAUCAACUAUGAGCCUGAGCAGCAACGCUGGGUCUUGCACGUGAAUGGCCGGAAUGGCGCGCGCGUCGACAAUAACCUCUGCCGUCGAGGCAUGUCUGCAUACCUUCGUAAUGGCAGCGUGAUCGAGAUCAGUGGAACCCAGAUGGCCUUCAUAACCACGGCUACCGACGACAACGAUGGUCCUGUUUGGGACGCAUCCAUCAUCAAACAGGCGCAGUCAUCGUCAGAUGAUGGUCAAGAUGGUGAGGACGAUCCACGCAAUGGACCGAGUCGGACUGAGCCCCCUUCAACCGCUGGCCGUAGUCACCUUCAGGAUCAAGGCAUGUAUCAGUCAGACUAUUCUGGGCAGCAGCAACGGCAAAGCUCACAACAGCAACGCAUGCAUCCACACUCGCAAAGGGCCGCGCUGCAGGCCAAUCCGGGCACCCCUAUGCGUGCUCCACAUCCAUAUGCCAAGUCGUCGCCGGCCGCAAACUAUGCUCGUGGUGUCAUGAUGGAAUCGACGGAGACAAUCGAUUAUGCUGCAGAGGGCGCCAAGGACCUGAAACCACCACACUCGUACGCCCAACUCAUCGGGAUGGCCAUUUUGAGCACUCCGGAACAGCAGAUGACGCUCAACAACAUAUACAAGUGGAUCAUGGCAAACUAUGCAUUUUAUCGUUUUAACACGGGCGGCUGGCAAAACAGCAUUCGCCACAACCUGAGUCUGAACAAAGCCUUCACAAAAAUCGCUCGCCGCACGGAUGAGCCUGGGAAGGGGAUGAAAUGGAUGAUCGAACCUACCGAGUUCGAUAAUUUCGUGCAGCAAGGUAUGAAAGGAUGCAGGAGACCAAAUCCCAUCCCAGGUACUCAGAGCACCAUGGGCUCACCUCACAGCCCUGCGUUACGCUCCGGGAUCAAGAGGGAUGGUGAUGAGAUCACGCCUCCGAUGAAUGCGUACCAGCCCUCGUACUCGACCGCAAUCGAAGCUUACACGCCCGAUCGGGGCUCAAGGCGACCAGUCAAUGGGCGCUUCGAACACAGCGCGGGCCUAGGUAUCGAGGGAAAUAACCUGACUGACUACGACUACCCCCAAAGAUCCACGCCGCGCAAUGGACUUAACGCACUUGCCAAUGCUGCUGGCUCACCGCCAUCCCUCUACGUCAACGACGAAGGACGAAGCGGACCUUUGGACACACCCUUCCCUCUUCGUCCCUCGCAGCGUCUGGCGCCUCCAAGUACUCUCCGGCGUCCCAGCGACUUUAUUCAGUUCAGUAGUCCGGCACCAUUCUGGAAGAUGGAAGGGUUGGCAGGCAGCACGCCCUUCAAGCCUUUUGACAUUAGUCCUCUGAAAACACCUUUCCCGCUGAACAAAGACAAAGGGAAGCUCGCAAAGCAGCAUGACGAACGAACAUCUCCCGUUGCCAAGUCCGAUGCAGAGGAGGCACAGCCAAAGGCAUUGGAAUCUCUCCGUCCAGGUAGUCCAGUCGUUGGAUCCAGCAGCCCUCCGAGACCACACAAUUCGGUUCGUGCGCUGGACGCGAGUCCAACAUUGAGCCGGCCAACGACGGCCACCGCCAAGAGCCUGAGUCAGCUCAGCAAUGCUGGCGGAGAGCAGGACGGCGACACUGCGAAAGACAAGACGCCACCGAGCGCAGUACCAUCAGCGGCGGGGGUGCAGCAGCAUACUCCGCCAACUACCGUGGUGCAGACUAUUCAGCCUGCGUUGCGUGAGCAUGAGCUUCCGAAGGCGGCUGUCGUCAAUCACUUUGAUUCGGUGCAUCCCACCGCGAACGGUGGCUAUCUGCAAAGUAGUUCGUACGGGAGUGUGCCACCAGCGACCGCGUACCAAUCGAACGAUGACGAUGACGAAGGCAUCGACCUUGUCAAGGGCUUUCAGCCCAUCGGCACGUUCCAUCAGCAGAACCACAUUGCUAUGCACGCGCACGCUGGCAUGUCGGCUUUUGGUCGUUGAACAGAUGUGCGAAUGGAACAGUGUUGUAUAGCGAACGAAACGGUUGGUAUAUGCGGCCAAGGCUCGUGCAGGGUUGUGGUUCAAGAGUGAUCUCCCGCGCCACACUGCAGGCUCAGUGCGCAGAUGAAUUGUAUGCGAUAAUGCCGUUGACGAGCGCGACUUGGGCAAAUGACAGGUGGGCAUGGAUUGGCGUUCAGAGGCAUAGAGUUGGUAGGAAGUUGGGAUGGAACAUUGUUACAAAAAAAGGCACGAAGGCGCAAGCACUGCGCUCGCUUGUUCUUUACGAGAAGUGUCUU